GGAUCAAACACAGGACUAGAGGAGAACUCUCAAGAAAAUCUCAACUAUUCUCACCAAAAUCCAUCUAUCCCAUCUAUGCCAUUCCCAAUAACUUCAUCUUAGACGGACAACAAGCCCAACCGCCAAGACGGUAGAAACUGAACUUACUAGUCCCUCAAAAGAGCCCGAGUCAGAAUCCCCUUUACAUCUCGCUCCGAGGUCGUCAAUGGCAUUCUACCAUCCCCACCACAACACAUCUAUCAACUCAGCCGCGCAAGCAGCUAAUCGGUCCUUCAUCAUUCUCGCAUCUCAAUCAAAAGAUAUUUAUAAAAACCACUUAGUUCGCACCCCGCACUUACAGGGAGAGAAUUGCCACGCCGGAGAAUAUCACAAAUGAAGCUCUAUCUCCGGACUGAUCCCAAGUCGUUUGAAGAACGGACCGAGAGAGUGUCCGCGUCCUACGCUGGACGGGGCCUGGAUUUGAAAGGCACUGUGAGGAUAGACGGGAAGAAUGCGGAGGUGUGGAGAACCUGAGGAAGUGGACUUUGACAGGUUUGAAAUCGAUGUGUCGUUGGUGGUUGAGACGGGAUGGGAUGGAGAAAUUGUUAUUGGGGUGGACGUUAAACGUGGGGUAGACAGCGGUUGAAGAUGUUAUUACGCAGCACCUGCCUUUUAUGGCGUUGCCGCUCAUAUGCAGGUACUAAACUAGUUCGAAUGUGAUUGGCAUGGUUGUAGUUGCGGAAACGGCCACAACAGAAUGUUAGAGAACUUCAAAGCAAUCAGUUCUGCA